CACCCCCACAUUAUCAAAUUUAAUCACAACACAAAAUUCAUUUUGUUUAUAUUUUUGAAGCCAUUAGUUAUUGUGUGAUUGGAAAGGUAGUUUUUUACUAUUAGAAUACCAAAUAAAAAAAUAAUUAUAAAAAAUGGUUUCUUUUAUUUGGUGUCUUGGAAUUUUUAUUAGUUUAUCAUUAAUGGUAUCGGGUAACACUAUUAUAAAUCAUGAUAAUUUUUCCUCUGAUAUUUCAACAAGUGGAUGUUUUCACUCUAAUUAUUCAUAUAGAUGCUGUGAAACUAUUGGAAAAAUAAAAGGAACAGUUUGCUUUAGUUUUGCCUACUUACCAAACGAUUAUGGCAUUUCAUUUACAAUAACUUACAAUAAUUACACAUUAUUCAAUGAAACCAUUUCAGCUCGAAAUCCACCACCAAUUUGUGUAGGAAUUCCUGAAUUAGAGAAAAUUUCAGCAAAAGUUUGUCUUAUAUUAUAUGAUCUAACAUUUGCUGAUAGCCACUUUCAUGGUUGUGUGAGCCUUAAAGUAUUUAUUUUCCAUGUAAUGCACAAACGGUUUGAUUAUGGAUGCUUUAAUAUACCAUCAAAUUCUUCAAUGUUUAUUGAAUAUUUAAAAUUUCUUCAAAACAAAACGAACUCACCUGAGGUCAUAGUAAUACCAUAGAAUAUUUUUCUAUCGUUUUUUAUUGCUCAUUUAAUUGAGAGUACAAAAAAUAUUUGUCAAAUUAAAAUUAAAUAUCAUUCAGCCAAACAUUUUCUUUGUUAUAUGUACAUAAACAUAACA